AACCAUUUUACUAAGUCUCGUGCUCAGUUUAUGCUCUGUCAAUUUGAUUUGGACGCAGAAUUUAGUUCAAUCCGGCCACAACUCUUUCCCGGCUGAUAAUACUCUCUUCUGAUUUCACCACGAUUUUCGACUGGAUUUACCGUUUAUUGUGAGCUCACCAAUCAACAUUCAUGCGACAAUCCGUGUAAAAAAAUGGGGGUUGUGAUUGAAUCUGAUAUAUGGGAACCAAACAAAUCAAUUUAUAUACUCUUAUUCAUCUUCUCUGUGGUUUCAAUCUUCUGCUUGCCCGCCAAAUCGAGUGCAAAUGUGCUCGAUCACGCGUCUUCCGCUUCUCUUCUCCGCUUCCAGCGCAAAUUUCUCCUCCUCUUCGCUAUUUCCUCAGUGAUGGAGGGUUUAUGGGCUGCGUUUGGAGAAUACGAGUUGGCGUUUUAUGGAUUCAGUAAAGAUCAAUUGCUGAAUGUUAUUUCCGUUGGAUUUGCGGUCUCUCUGUUUAUCGGGAGUUUCAUCGGAGUGCUAUCUGAUUUAUUAGGUUACAAGAAGCUGUGCUUGUUGUUUUUCUUGCUACACCUUUUGGUGAGUUUAUGGAAGCUAGUCUUUGGAACUUCUACUUUUUGGUUAACAAGCAUCUUUCUUUCACUGGCAUCAUCGAUAUUUUCCUUCGGGUUCGAGGCAUGGAUGGUUGUUGAGCAGGACAAGCUUGGGCAGAGGCAAGAGGUACUGAAUGACAUGUUUUGGCUGAUGACUUUCUUGGAGUCUGCAUCUUUUAUCGGAAGCCAGGCACUUGCAAAUUAUCUUAUUGAUGAUAAUGUGAUCAGAAAUAUUAAAUCUUUGUGGAUUGGAGCUGCAGUUUUGGCUGUUCUUGCUGUUGGUCUUGUCACUCGAGGCUGGCAAGAAGCUCCUCAAACAACGAUUUUGAAGGAUUAUCGUGUUUCGUUUCACAAACAUGUUAUUUGUGGUAUAUCAAAAUAUAAAAGGAUAUGGCUCUUGUCGUGGGCACAGUCUAGCGUGUAUUUUUCUGUUGCAGCAUUUUGGAUUCUUUGGGCCCCAUCUAUAGUGGCUGAUGGAAGGGAGGUGUCUUUGGGAUUGAUAUAUCCUUGUUUGCUUGGUUCGAAGAUGCUUGGUAGCACUGGAUUCCCAUGGUUCUUCCACAUGCCAUUAGUGCUUCGGACAGAGGAAUACCUAAUGUAUGCAUUCACCAUAAUGGGCAUUGCUUUGUCUAUUGUGGCCUAUGAUUAUCAGGAAAUAGGACUUCUGGUAACAUUAUUCUGCUUAUUUCAAACUUGCCUGGGCAUGGUUUUGCCAUUUCUUGCCAGACUGAGAACAACGUAUCUGCCAAAUGAAAUUCGUGGUGGAAUGAUGAGCUUAUCUCUCAUGCCUGCAAAUGCAGCAAUCUUGUUUCUUCUGGUCCUGAGAGGUCAUCACUACAUUGCAAAUUCAACUAUUACCUCUGUUGCUGCCCUUGGACUAUUCUCGGCUGCUGGCUGCAUGUAUUCGUUAAGAAAAUGGGGAAAACAACUCCAGCCGAGUAGACGCAACUUGUGAUCCAAACCCAUUCCUCGAAAGUUCAUUCAACCAUCAAUCCUCUGAAGUUGAAGGCUUGCAUCUUCUUGUACGAUCAAAUAUCUGACUGGCGAGAGAUGGGUGGUGCUAUAUGUCGAUAACUGCAUGAAGCAUGUUUUUGCCAGCCAGCCAAUGUAGAGUGACGGAAGAGGGGGAUGAAUGCUGCAAACGAUCUUUAAUGGCUUACGGGUUUGGUAGUUUCAAGAAGAGGUAGUGUUAGAUGCAGUCAUCAGUUGCAUACAUGGUAGCCCAUUGCGUUGAUGCUCCGGACUGCGACUUGCUGAGCCGGGGCCGUCCUGAACAUUACCACCUGUAGUCAUUUGUGCAAAAUAUGUGAGCAGACAGCUAUCGGUAGUUUAACAAAAAGAUCAAAUUUUGUGUGUGUUUA